CGCGCGCAGUCCUAGCGCCGGCGUUCCUCUGUGGCGCGGCCCUUUAGUUCCGGCUGUGGCGCGCGGGGCGGAAAGUUUAUGCGGACGGACUGUGCCGGCGUUGGACGCCGGCAUUUUCCUACGUAGAGCUGUUGCAUUCUGACCGGGAACACGGGGAUCACCGUCAUCAUGCCAACAGUGGUGGUGAUGGAUGUGUCCCUUUCCAUGACCCGGCCUGUGUCCAUCGAGGGGUCUGAAGAAUAUCAGCGAAAGCACCUCGCAGCCCAUGGUUUGACAAUGCUGUUUGAACACAUGGCCACAAAUUACAAGCUUGAGUUUACAGCCCUGGUGGUUUUUUCAUCACUCUGGGAGCUGAUGGUUCCCUUCACUAGAGAUUAUAACACUCUACAGGAAGCACUAAGUAAUAUGGAUGAUUAUGAUAAAACCUGCUUGGAGUCUGCAUUAGCUGGUGUUUGCAAUAUCGUUCAGCAAGAAUGGGGUGGUGCAAUUCCUUGCCAGGUUGUUCUGGUGACCGAUGGCUGUCUUGGCAUUGGUAGAGGGUCACUGAGGCAUUCCCUAGCUACUCACAGUCAACGGAGUGAGAGCAACAGGUUCCCACUACCUUUUCCUUUCCCAUCCAAGUUGUACAUCAUGUGCAUGGCCAAUUUGGAGGAGCUUCAGAGCACUGAUUCCUUGGAUUGCCUCGAACGUCUCAUAGAUUUAAACAACGGUGAGGGGCAGAUUUUCACUAUUGAUGGCCCCCUGUGCUUGAAAAAUGUACAGUCUAUGUUUGGGAAGCUGAUAGAUCUGGCAUAUACGCCUUUCCAUGCUGUUCUCAAGUGCGGCCACUUGACUGCCGAUGUGCAGGUCUUCCCCAGGCCAGAACCUUUUGUUAUAGAUGAGGAGAUCGACCCGAUCCCUAAAGUCAUUAACACAGAUUUGGAAAUAGUGGGAUUUAUUGAUAUAGCUGAUAUUUCAAGCCCCCCUGUUCUGUCCAGACAUCUCGUCCUACCUAUAGCACUUAACAAAGAAGGUGAUGAGGUGGGUACUGGCAUAACUGAUGAUAAUGAAGAUGAAAAUUCAGCCAAUCAGAUUGCAGGGAAAAUACCCAACUUUUGUGUCCUGCUCCAUGGCAGCCUAAAAGUGGAAGGCAUGGUAGCGAUAGUUCAGCUAGGUCCUGAGUGGCAUGGAAUGCUCUACUCCCAAGCUGACAGCAAGAAGAAAUCAAACCUCAUGAUGUCUCUCUUUGAGCCUGGCCCAGAACCUCUCCCAUGGCUAGGGAAAAUGGCACAGCUGGGUCCUAUUUCAGAUGCUAAAGAAAAUCCUUAUGGUGAGGAUGACAAUAAGAGCCCAUUCCCCCUGCAGCCCAAAAACAAACGCAGUUACGCCCAGAAUGUAACUGUCUGGAUCAAACCCAGUGGCCUGCAGACAGAUGUACAGAAGAUUUUAAGAAAUGCAAGGAAGCUACCUGAAAAAACACAGACAUUCUAUAAGGAGCUGAACCGUUUACGAAAGGCUGCCCUGGCCUUCGGUUUCCUGGACCUGCUCAAGGGCGUGGCGGACAUGCUGGAAAGGGAGUGCACGCUGCUGCCCGACACCCACCCUGAUGCCGCCUUCCAGCUGACCCACGCUGCCCAGCAGCUCAAGCUGGCCAGCACCGGCACCUCUGAGUAUGCCGGCUAUGACCACAACAUCACGCCUUUGCAGACAGACUUCUCUGGGAGCAGCGCUGAAAGAAUGUGAAGCUGACUUUGGAGCCUUCCUUCUUUUUCAUUCAACUGAAUAUGCGUAAGGGUAAACACUUUUUCAGAGUGUUCCCCUCUGCAGUGACCACCCAGAGAGCUCCCAGCAGCUGCCUCAGAAGCCCCACUUGCUGGCUUGAAUGAGUGCUACCGUCUCAGAAGGGCUCUGAAGGGUGGUUGGCUGCUUGGGCUUUAACUUUCUAAGGCUUAGAGUCUUCCAGCCCAAAAGACACCUGUGGCUGCCACGACGGGUACGUUACUGAGAAGCUUGAAGCUUUGGUGGGCACAGGGCUGUCCCUGUUCCUCAGGAAACCUGACCUGCAAGGGUCCUCUGGCUUUCUGAAGGGCAUAUUGUCUUCGCUCGAUCGUAAGGACAGUUUCAAGCUUCUGGCCUUGGACUGACCAACACAGGCUGUCUGGGACUUUCUAAGUACAAGCCCUACACCACUAAGUUUCAGAACUUUUCUUAGAACUUGGGCAAAACUUGGUGGUGACCCUUAGGUGCCUUUGGUAUGUCUUGAGAUACAUACUUUUAAAUAACAACCAUAAAUGUAUAAAAUUAGUCCCGUUUCUUCAAUUUUUAAAAUAAAAAAUUUGAUUUUCUAUAAAAUGGUUUCACUGGGAAA